CUCAGGUAGAGCCCUGCUGUUUCAGGAAAUGAAGCUUUGCUCCAGUCCACACACCACAGCGGGAGCUCUCACACACAUAACAACACUAGCAUGGCUUCCUGGAAAUCACUGCCUAACCUCUUCUGCAUCUGUUUAUUACUGUGUGCAACUGGAGUGCUGUCACAAAAGUUCCAGCUGGAACCGCUUAACGCAACAGUGCUAAAAGGCUCUGAUGUGCAAUUCAACGCCACUGUGGAGGGAAAGUGGGAGGUAAUGACCUGGAGUGUCGAAGGGUUGCUGGUCCUUACUGUGUUUUUCACCGGUAACAAAACAUCAUCAUCAUCAUCAUCGUCAUCCCCUGAGCAAUUUUCUGCCAGAUUGUGCUCCAGUGGUGACAGCCGCUGUGUGGAGUUCACCAUCCAUAACGUCACCCGCAGGUACUCCGGCCCAGUCACCUGCGCUGUGCAGGGGGAGUAUGGCUCAAAGACGGCACACCUUUCUGUACAAGGNNAGUUGUAUAUGUGUAAUGACUUUGUGCAGUUUGAGAGUGGAACGGUCAACAUCAUGGAAGGGAAUGUGACAGUGAUGCAGGACGAGCAGGUGGAGUUCCGGUGUGUAACAUCUGCUUGGUUCCCCAUCCCCACAGUCAGCUGGAACCAGAAUGGUCAAGCUGUGAACAGCAGCCUGUACAACACAACCAGCAUGGCUGAUGGGGAUUCCUUCAACUCCACCAGUGUCCUGAAUUUCCAGGCAAUCAGAAACACCACAGUGGAGUGUCGGGCGACUGUGCCCACGCUAACAAACCCGCAAUCCAGCUCUGUCUUAUUGGUGGUUGUUCCCAAGCCUCCUGACUGGACUGUGCUGAUAGCUGUGGUUGUGUCUUUUACAAGUUUUGCUCUGCUGGUUUUGCUAAUCAUCGGAAUCAUCUUCUGCUACAAACGCAGGAAAGAAAAACAACGCAACUACCAAGAUGAAAUGAGCAGGAGAGUGAGGACACAGAGCCAGAUAAGUGGUGUCAGUGCAGCUGGACAGAGACAGGGUCAAGUGAACACAGGAUAUGUACCAGACGGUCAAACAAGUGUCACUGACAGUGGCUUUUCCCAGAUAAAUGGCUCCAAUACGUUUGAGAUGCCUAAUGCUGUGAACAGUAACCACGCAGGAAAUGCCUACAUCACUGUGGAUGAAUCAGGAGUCAGGAAACACAGACAUGUCACUAUUGUGUAAGGACAGACAGAGAACCAAGACAUCUGCAACUGUUUGAGUUUUGGGACAAACUUGAACAGUACCUUGAAUCUUACUGUGGUUUCUAAAGACUGGAGAAAUAUAGGCAGGAGGACUGAAUCUGCUGGGAACAAAGGCCGAUGUACUGCAGGGAUGUCGAGGCUGUUGGCAGAUGAAACAUAUAUACGGGGCGUGUAUGUGGUUCACUGCCUAUAUAAAGCUGGAUCAGCAGCUGUUAACAAUUUGUGUUAUUUCUGAAUGUGUGUUUUCAGUGCUACAGUAAAGACUUAGUGGUAUACAUAUAUACUGGAGCAGUAACUGAGGCUUAACCGGCACAAACUCUCACAUGCUAGACUAACAGCACAGAGGCUAUAUUUUUAUUGAAUGACUUUAUCUAGAGCUAUAUAUUUUUAUUGAGGCAUGAUAUAAUUUUAAUUUAAUAUUCAAAAGGGACCAUCUUAAAGUUGUGCUCUGUAAAUGUAUUUAAUCCUCCUUAAAUGAUGUCUGUCUGUUGUCACCUCCACUCAAAAAUAUGUUAGUUCUUUUUCCUACAGUAUGAUGUAUGUGCAUGUGUAUUUUGACACUAGAAGGAUGUUUUCACAUCCAUCUGAUGAAAUAUCCAAUAGUCCAAUAUGCAACUUAUUAACUGCAGUGUGACAUAGCAACUCGAAGCCACCAGUGCACAUCCACUGAGAAAGAACUUUACAGUGAAGUAGGAGACAUCUUGUGUCCAGCAGUGUCUUGGAUGUUUUUCUUUUCAGAUUUUCCUCUAAUCUUGAAUGCUUUUCCCUGAAUUACUUUAUUCUUUAAAACUCUAAAAUAUUCAAAUAACAUAAAACACUGGUCAGAACUAGAAGAUUUAUGCAGCCAGUAAU